AUGUUCGUUGAUAUCAUCACGGCUGCUCGUAUACUGCGGUCCUGUGCCACCUAUGAAUCACUCUGUCAUGGAAUGAGGCUGCACCUUUACCUCAUUAAAAGUGGACAAGACACAGGCUUGUUCAUUCACAAUUGCCUCCUGCAAAUGUAUGUAAAAUGUGGUAGCACGGGUGAUGCUCACCAGUUCUUUCAUCAGAUGCCUCAAAGAAACACUUUCUCUUUUAACACAUUGAUUGAAGGCUACAUAAAAUCAAGUGACCUCAAUUCUGCCAUCCAAAUAUUCAACACAAUGCCAAUGAGGAACACUUUUACAUGGAACUCCAUUAUUCAUAGCCUCACAAAAUGUGGGAGAGUUGCGGAAGGACGAGUACUUUACCAAUCGAUGCCUGAACGAGAUCCAUCUUCUUUGAAUGCAUUGAUGAAUGGGUUUUUAUGCCAUGGCCAUCCAAAAGAAGCUCUAGAUGUCUUCCAAGAGUCUCAGUCUAUGACUGGCAUGAGAAGUGACCCAUUUGUAUUGGCAACCAUUCUCACUAUUUGUUCUGAAUUAUUGGCUCUUUAUCUCGGCAAGCAAGUUCACUCCCAAAUCAUAGCUGGUGGGCUCGUAUUCGACUCUGUUUUGUCUAGCUCACUUGUUAACAUGUACUCCAAGUGUAGAGAGAUGGAUGGUGCUUGUAGAGCUUUUGAAGCCAUGAUUGAACCAGAUGAGUAUGCGUUGACCGCCCUGAUUUCAGGAUAUGCAAACUGUGGAAAAUUAGAUGAAUCACGUCUAUUGUUUGUCAGAGUGAGAAAACCCAGUUCUGUCAUGUGGAAUUCAAUUAUUGCCGGAUGUGUUCGGAACAAUAGGGAGAGAGAAGCUUUGCAGCUUUUCAUAGAUAUGAAAAGAGAGGGGAUGAAGCCUGAGGCUGCAACUUUCACCAGCUCAUUGAGUGCAUGUGCUUCCAUGGGUGAUCAUAAACUUGGCCAAGAACUCCAUGCCCAUGCCUAUAAAAUGGGACUGGCCCAUGACAUUAUAGUAUCGAGCUCACUUGUCGAUAUGUACGCCAAGUCUGGACUGUCACAAAAUGCAUGCGUCCUCUUUAGCGAGCUUGAUAAACCAGAUACUGUGCUUCUCAAUUCUAUGAUCACUGCUUACUCCAAUUGUGGAAGAGUAGACAUGGCCCUGCAAAUUUUCAAAACCAUGCCUAAAAGGAGCUUAAUCUCUUGGAAUGCUAUGGUUGUUGGUUAUAGCCAAAAUGGUUAUGCCAUUGAAGCUUUAGAACUGUUCCACAAAAUGCAAAUUCUAGACUUGAGGAUGGAUGAAAUCACUCUUGCAAGCGCAUCGAGCUCUUGUGCCAAAGUCUGUUCUAUAUCUCUUGGCGAGCAAAUACAUGCUCGUGCCGUUGUAGUUGGUUUGGAUCGAGAUGCAAUAAUUGGGAGCUCUCUAAUUGAUCUUUACUGUAAAUGUGGUGACAUUGAGGAUGCUCGCUGCCUGUUCGAGGGGCUACCCACAUUCGAUGAGGUCCCGUGGAAUGCCAUGAUAACGGGUUAUGCACAUCACGGCUAUGUAUCUCAAGUUUUGCAAUUGUUUUAUGAGAUGAGAAAUAUGGGAGUUAAGCCAAAUGGGGUCACUUUUAUUGGGGUGUUAUCCAGUUGCAGCCAUGGUGGGUUGGUAGAUGAAGGAAGAAGAUGGUAUGAUGUGAUGAGAUAUGGUUAUGGUAUCGAGCCCGUAGCCGAGCAUUACGCGUGCAUGGUCGAUAUGUAUGCUCGUGCCGGCUUAUUGAAGGAGGCUGAAGAUUUUAUAGAUGGGAUGCCAUUUGAGGCUGAUGAGUUCAUGUGGUCAUCAGUUCUAAAUGCUUGUAAGAACCAUGGAGAUGAGGCCCUUGCAAAGAAGGCUACAGAGAGGCUUUUGAGGAUUAAUCCUGGAAAUUCAGGGGCAUAUGUUCAGCUCUCUGGUAUGUAUGCGGCUUGUGGGGAAUGGGAUAAAGCUGUAGAGGUAAGACGGAUGAUGCAUGAUAGCGGGAUCAGAAAGAGCCCUGGUUUGAGUUGGAUUAAUAGUUUGAAGGAGAUGAGUGUGUGA